CGGAUAUUAACAUUCUGCAUAGAGAUUUUUUGUGUUGAUCACUGUAUCUCCGGUACACAGAAGGAAGGUGAAAUUCAGAUUCAUGAGUACAUAAAAGGAAGCAGAUGCGUUUGGUGGGGUUAUGACUAUGAGGUCAAUACCUCUUCAGAUGAUUGCAUCGCUUCCAUUAAAUCCAAUUCUCACCAGGUUCUUGGGUAUGGAAGAGAUAUGAAGGUGAUUCUAGAAGCGCCGUUGUACGAUAAAGAUUGUGUUUUAGGCAAUAAUUUGGCUGCGCAUUACCUUUUCUCUUCGGACAUUUCCAGAGCCAAAACCUAUGCUCGAGCUGCAGAAUACCAUCUUGGGAAAGCCAUUCCUUAUGAAAAAGCAUUUUUCGAGGUUGUUAAUUACUUGAUCUCUGAUAAUAUGGACGAAGAUGUGGCUUUGGAGUUACACUCUAAGCUCUUGAACUUUCCGAAAGAUUUGCUAUCUUGAAACUCGAUUCUGUGUUUCUACAUGGGUCGACCUGAUCUCUCUUUGCCUCUUUUUGAGGAGAUCCUACCUGAGAAUCAAGAACAUGACUAUGUUUAUGGUAUGCUUGCAUUCUCCUUAUUGGAGCGUGGACAUUUAGCAGAAGGAGAAGCGGCUAGGAAAGGAUAUGAGAUCAACAAAAACGACUCUUGGGCUCAUCAUUGUUUGUGUCAUGUUCUUCAAACUGAAUGUCGUUUCAAAGAAGCAGUAGAGUUCAUGGAAGCAUGCUCAGCUUCAUGGGAUUCAUGCUCUUCCUUGAGGUAUUUGCAUAACUGGUGGCUCGCUGUUUGUUACUUGGAAGGAGGCUCUCCCAUAAGUAAAGUACAAAAAAUAUAUGAUAAUAAGAUGUGCAAAGAGCUGGAGAUGCUGGAUGUUCAAAAGAAAUUUGUCUACAUGGAUGCUCUCGGUUUGAUGUUUCGCUUGCACACACGCGAUAAACUACCUGAGUUUUUAGACAGACUAAAAGUCCUAGCAGACUGUUUGACUGACCAAAAAAUGUGGUAUCAAAAGUGGCUUUUUGAUAUUACAACAAUUUGGGCGUUGAGUAAAGUUGGAAACACUUCACAAGCACAUGUACUGCUCGAGGGCCUCAAGUCCCGAACAUGUAACCUGAACAAUAAGAAACAACAGUUGCUGCAGAAAGCGAUUCAGCUCGCUGAAGCUGUAUAUGAAUAUGGAAAAGGCAACAACACAAAAGCUCUAGAAAUGAUUGGUCCAAACUUUGACGUUGUUGACUAUAAGGUAAUGCAUGUUCGCAUUUAUGAGAUAUAUCACUGCGUCUUGAACACUGGAUUUGCAGCGGUUAGAGUAUUGGAGAGGAGGAUAAAGCAGAGAGAUGGUGCUCCUUUCUUGUGGCAUUUGCUGGAGAAGAGUUACCUCAUGGAAGGCAAUGCAGAAGCUGUUGUAACUACAUGUGAGAAAGCCAAUGUGUUGAAUCUUCAUAUAUAUUUCAAGUUUGCUUGAUUACACCAUAAAAACAGCACCGUCUUGUUAUCCUUUAGACUAUGCUUUUGCGCUUUGUUGAAUAUAGUAAUUGUCGAUGUAAAAGCUGAACUUGAACUUUCUAUGUAAAUAAUUUUCGCUUUGACCAAGAAUAUAAAUAGACGUUUUCAUAAGAUCAUAAUGUAGUGCUGCCAUGAUCUUCUUUCCUGCAUGAAGCAUCACCUAGUCAUAUAACUUCCAGAUGUCUACUACUUUUGUAAUUAAUAUACAAAAAGUCAUGUUAAGACUUGUUAGUUAUUACAUGCAUGAUGCAUCACCCUAAUAACGUUCGAAGUUUCAUGGUAAGUAAGCAAAUAUUAUUUGGUGACUAUGUCUUUGAAAGCCUGACAGGUUAACGAUUGUAUUAAAUAUAAAGAAUAAAAACUCAAGAUAGGGUCUGCUGACAAAAUAAUAUUAAAUGACAUAUUCUCUUGACUUUUUGUUAUAUGAAGAGACAGCAUAUCCCACGCGCAUUACAUGUUCCUCAUGAUCGUCUAUCAUCCAUUGUUUUCUCUAUUGUUACUCAAAAAAAGUUAAAACUAUAUAAUAUGAACAUUUUUUUUCAGAACAUUCUACUAUGAACAUUAAAAGUAUUAUGAUUUCUUAUAUGAAACACUCCAUCCGUCUCGAAAAUGUAAAGUGAUUAAGAGAGUUUUUUUAUGUUCCAAAAUAUAAAAUAUUCUUAAAAUUCUAAAUAAUUUUUAAAUUUAUCAAAUACUUCAUAACCCAUUGUAUUUUAUAAUAGUUUGAAGUGUUUUUAAUUUAUAGUUUUGAUAAUAGUUUUUAGAUAUAAAAAUUUAUUUUUAGUAUUUGUACUUCAUUUAAUUCAAUAUAUAUUUUAAAACAAAAUAUACAUUUAUUCAGUUAUAUAUGUUCAGGAGCCACAAUUAAAAUCGUUUCCUAGCUGAACUUGUCUUUCAUCAAUAUUACAUAAUCAGGAUGGAUCAAUAAGAUUAUAUUUUCAUCCUUAAUUUAUAAUGGUUUGGAUACCAGCUUUUUAUUUUCAAAUUUCAAUUUAGAUUUGUGAUGGUGCAUUUAGAAAACGGGUGAAACGAAAGGGAAAUUAUAAAUGAUUGCAAACCAACAAGGCAACAACAGAUCAAGAGAUAUGAUAUGCCUGUAUAUACUAGUAUCAACGGUUUAACUUGAGUUAUUGAUGUGACAUUGUGAUUCAUAGAUAACUCGACAUACUGUAUGAUAUUAUUUUAUAAGCUUAAACGGAUACCGGUCUAGAUUGAAUACCGACAAUGAACCAAAACGUAAGGGGUUAAGACAUUUUCUUGCGAAGUCUUCAACAUCAUGCGCGUGAGGUAAGUGUACAAUAAGUUACGAGGUGAUGAACCUCCCACAGUAUAUUAUUUUGAAAUAUUACAUUUCUUUACUGGUUGACUUCCUUCCAACUUUCACACUUGAUUAAUAUUUAACAUUAGUUGUUUCUUCAUUUCAAUUGAAUUUUUUUUAAAUAAUUGCACACUGAAUACUACCGCCGAAUAUUAACUUACAGUAGUUCCCUUUUAGCCAGGCUUUUUAUGUCCCAUUUUAAUUAUUAACCUAUAUAAACAACCAUAAAGCCUUCCUCUUCCUCCUCAGGGUCAGAUCUCUCCUUCCAUCACAAAACCAAAAAAAAAACUCUUGUUGUUGCGGUCUCUUCUUCAAACCUCAAAAGAAAUGGAGUUAUUCACCAAUGGCAACACCGUUAAGUUGCGGAGCCAUCUUGAUAAGUUUUUAGUCGCCGAGAGCGACCAAAAACACAUCCGUCAAAGCCGUAAAGGAGGAUAUACACGGCUCUCCGUUUGGACGGUGGAGACCGUCGUCGGUAAACCGAACCUGAUCAGAUUAAAAAGCUGUCACGGCACGUACUUAACUGCGAGCAGUAAACCGUUACUGUUAGGUAUAAUGGCCGGUGAGAAAGUGACUCAAACGCAGUCGUCUAACAACCCUAUGGAUAUGCAAACGCACUGGGAACCGGAGGGAAAUGGGGUGUCCGUGAAGCUGAAAUCUUGGUGCGGCAAAUGGAUGAGAGCUAACGGUGGAUCGCCGCCGUGGAGAAACUCCGUUACUCACGACGAGCCUCAUACGUCGAGGACCAAGAACUGGUUGCUUUGGGAUGUUAUUGCCGUUGAUGGUCUUGAUCUUGGAAACAUGUCUGAUGGAUGUGAGAGCUCUCUUUCUUCUCCGGUUUCCCCAAGUCUCUCCCGUUUGGGUUUCUGGUCAGCGCCCGGGUCGCCCGUUUCUGCGGUCAGGUCAAAGAAGAGUUUAGGUCGGCUCACUUCUUUUGGUUUACGUGCAAUGUCUCCGAGAUGGUCCCCAAAACUUGUAAGUUUGACUCUCUUUAACUAUCAUAAGUUCAUUUUAUAUUGUGUUUUGGUUGAUUUUGUUGUUGCUUAGAUGAAGUAUAACAAAGAGUUGUUAUUGUUAGCUGAACUUAGACAAGUUGUACAUCUAAAAAAUUGGUUGGCAUGCAUCAGAUGGAAAAAUAUGAGGGGUAAUUACCAUAUUAAUAUAUAAAAUUUUAGAAACUUGUAGAAGAAUAUAUGGACAUAUUACAAAUAUGAUUUUGUUUCACGAACCUACUAGCACACAAAAAAAUCAUAGCCACUUUUCUUAAUGAAGGCUAGCCAAACUUCUAUGGCAUAGUGACAUUUUAAGGAACAAAAAAA